AUGUUGAUUUCUGAGAAUAUCUUUUCAGCCAAUCUGUGCCCGAAAAAAGCAGUCAUAUGUCUUGAAAGUGAUGUCAGCAGUGUCAGAUUGGAGAAAAAUAUUUUCGAUUUCAACUUAGGACGUUGUCUGCAUAUGGCAGGAAACAAAGCAAAUGGGGUGGUGUCUCUACAAGUCGUGUACAAAACUGAGUCAACUUUUAAACGCCGCGGACAUGUCAACUUUACACAAAACGUUUUAUCCCACAACUUACCAUCCUCCUCUUCUGGUCGUAUACCAGGCAAGGCAGAUUCGUGCUCAGUGUCAGUUUCUGGUGUACUGUUUUUCAAGAAAACCGAUAUUCAUUUCAACAGCUUUGACAACCCAGAAUACACAAAAGAGUUUUGCGUUUUAGUUCCUGCCACUUCUCAUCGCGACAUAAUCGACAUCUCAAACAAUUGGUGGAGAACGGAAAACUCGUUUGAAGUACGUGAUAGGAUAUCUGAUUUCGAUGAUAACUAUGAUUAUGCGAUUGCCGAAAGUUGGCCAUUCCUAAAUGCGAAUAAAUCGUUAGCAUUAGGUUUACGACAAUAUUACAAACAACGGGGAAGAAUUCUUUCAGGGCGUAUAACUGAAUCGACCUCUUUGAAAGCGUCAAAAAGUCCCUACAGAAUAACAUCAGAUCUAACCAUUUUAAAGAAUACAACUCUCGUCGUGGAGGCAGGGGUGACGUUGAAGCUGUUACCAGGUGUUAGUAUUCUUGUGAUUGGUGCACUUCAGGUGAAAGGAACCCCGUUGCAACCGGUCCACUUCACCAUUGACAAUCCCACGGGGAGGAAUAACAGAUCGAGAAUGAUUGUUCGACUUGCAGAUGGCAGUUUCCCAUGGCAAGGAAUGGCGCAACUGUUUAACGGUUCGGUGUGGUUGCCGCUUGUUACACCUGGCAAUCUGUCGGCGAGCAAUUUAACAAAUGUAAUCUGCAAACAACUUGGCUAUGGACCGCCGACCACUGGUAAACAGAUUGGAAUUAGCCCAUUUCAGAAUGUCUCUGAUUUUUUUCAAUUGCAUUGUCUCGGUAAUGAAACUACACUGGACGAAUGCAAUAAUGUCGAGAAAAACAAGAGUAGUAACAUGAGCUUAGUACAUCUUGAAUGUCAUGGAACUGUUUGGGGAAACGUACGUUUUGUUUCCUCAAGUGAAAAAAAUUUAACACAGCCGCGCUCAAGUUUAAACUUUGUAAAGUUCACUCACUGCGGAAAUCGUCACGGAAUGCAUGUUCCUGCGAUAGAAACGGUUAUAAACAUCCCAAUAAUGAACGCUAUUACGGUUCAAAAUUGUACUGCUGGUGGUUUAACAAUUGCGUUUCCAAAUCGAAAUGUACACAUUAACCAAAGCCUGUUCCUAAACACAGGGGGAACUGCAAUCACAGUUCUACAAACGCGGCGAAAGGUGCUUGUUGAAAAUUCCAUGUUUCGUGAAAACAUCCGUGGUAUAUCUUUCGAGGAACCAAGAAUGGAAAAAGAGCCGCAAGUCAACUAUGGUCGGGUGUUCUUGUGCAGUGAUGUAAAACUCAUUCACAUUCAAACUACUAAACUUUUUUACUUCAAAUUGUCAUUGUUGGAAAACAUACCAGUGGUACAACAUUGUGAGAAGGCCCUAACUGCGCCUGAUGGUAAAGGAUUUAAGUUGGUCGUAUUGUACCAAAGUGGUUCAAGAUAUAUCCAGAUCUUUGACUCACACAGUUCGAAUGAUAAAUCCAUUUACCAGGGCUCCGUGGCAAGCAUUGUCCAAAAAGAUUUUUUUAUACCCAGAGGUGAAAUCCUGUUGCGUUGGAAUGGUGACUCGAAUUCAAAGAUUACGGUUUUAAUUGAAGCCAUAAAAAUAUCUGAUAUGCCAUGCACCUUCGAAUUGGAUUUUUGUGGCUGGCAGUCAUUCACAAACGUGUCUGUUGUUGGUCGUAAGAUGUCACAAACCUGGGCUAGAAAUUCAUAUACAUAUUACCUAAGCGAUCAUUCUUACUUUUCAGAUCAUGGCAAACUACUCAUCUCAAGAGGGUCAUAUCUCAAUUCGAAAUCCUUGAAUGCAGGAAUUAUCAGUCCAAUAAUUGAAUCACAACAGUUUUGCUUCUUCAGAUUUUUUUAUUAUUUACGAAGUGAGAGCUUUCGGUCAUUGUCUGGCAUAUACAUUUAUACUAUAACCGGUUCCUAUACAAACUUUCAAAGGAGAUUAAUUUGGAGUACAAGGAAGUAUAGAAUUUACCAAUGGGAAAAGGUUCUUCUCAGACUUCCACGUUACGCUGACGAAUAUCGGAUCGCAUUAGUAGGAGAAACUACCUCUGGUUAUGUCGCCAUCGAUGACUUGGAAUUAAUGCUUUGCAAUGUUGGAGAUCAUCGUCUAUCUAAUAACAUUUUUGUUGGCAACAAACAAAAUUCUAUUCAGUACACCUCUUUGGCGGCAGAAAAGGCUGAGUCACGCCCAAAGUUUGUUAUUGAACGAUCACAAGUUGUGAACACAUUAUCUUCCACAAACUCGGUGUCCAAAAGUCCCAUUUUUCUUGAAAUCCAAGACAACUAUUUUACCAUCGCUAAUAACUUUAUCGCUAACAACAUACAUGGUGGAAUUGAAGCAAAAUUGGGUGGAAAUUUCGCCGGAACAAGGCAAAAAUCUACGGAUUGCUCAAUAUAUGGUAACACGUUUGUGGGCAACACAAACGGAGCAAUUUUAUUGGUUGGGCGGGGCUCUGGGAUACAACGCAUUCGGAUUAAAAUUAUGAAAAAUACUUUCGAGAAUAACUUGGGCCCUUUCAGUACAUUCAAAGUCAACAAUAUCCAAGUGAAUAUUGUCAGCAAUUUCUUUUUUAAUAAUUCCGGGAAGCAUACGCUCGAGUAUCACUUUGAGAGUGAUGGGUUUAAAGAUCAGACUUGUGAGAUGAACACGUUCUAUUUUAAUCGUGGUGUUGGACCUUCCCAUGGGGUAACGAUUCUCACAAACGGUCCAGUGGAUUUUCGUCGAAAUAAUUUUAAGAAUCCUGUCAAUUUGUACGAACUAAGCUCAAGAAAGAUGUCUGUAACAGACCCAAUUAAAGCAAUUAACAAUUGGUGGGGAGCUGGUAAAGCCGAUUACGUCCGCUCACGUAUUUAUGGCAAGAAAAAAAAUGAUGAAUUCGCGUUGGUAAUCUAUGAACCAUUUAAAAAAUUACCACCAAGGGAUAUUCUAUCUAUUGGUUGUCCUCCAAGCUGGCAAAAGAUUGGAUCAACAUGCGUGGUUGUUAGAAGAGGUGUUCAAACGUUUAAAGAAGCCGUAGAAUAUUGUCAGUAUCACGGAGGUCGUGUGGCUUCAUGGUCGUCAGCAGAAGAAAAGAAAUUUAUCGCUAUGGCGCUGGUUGAAUCACGACCUGAAGAAGAACAGCAUGUUGCAAUAUGGGUUAUGACAAAACAAUACCUGGAAAACGGGCAGAUUUCAAAACAGAAAUGUGCGGUGAGAACUUAUGAGUACAAAUAUCGAGCUGUUCCAUGUAAAAGUCUUUAUCCAUAUAUUUGCACACAAGCCGCAGUUACUCACUGUCCUAAUGGGUGCUUCCACAAUGGAGAUUGCGUCGGAACAACUUGUUUUUGCUACCGCGGAUGGACAGGGAGAGACUGUUCUCAAUUUCACUGUAAUGAAGCGAAUAAUUGUUCGGGGAAUGGCCUUUGUAUUGGCCCAAACGCUUGCAAAUGUUCAGUAGGAUUUCUGGGUCGAGGCUGUACCUACUCUGUUUGUGGAAAGUUUAGAAAAUGUAUUGAUUGUUACCGGGAUAGUUCCUGUGGUUGGUGCGACAGCUCCCAGCAAUGCAUUGCGGGUACAUCAAUAGGACCACAUUCAACAAAAUGUCCAGACUGGUUUUACCACAACUGCCACACUGUCGGGAAUGUUAGCACAUGUUCCAAAAAUAUUAUGCGCGUGGACUGUGCAAUGAGGCAGUGCAACCGAUCUGAAAAAACAACAACAUUGGAAUCCUGUCAAAAAUGUCACGAUUAUGAGAAGUGCUUCAAGAAAGUGGAAGAAGGAGUGUGUAAAUCAUGGAAUGACACGCGUUGUCCUGAUGGAAGAGUGCAUGCUGAUUAUUCGGAUCCGAAAAGGGUAGAAAAUGUUGUUUACAAAAAAAAUGUGAAAAUUGUUGACCCAAAAAUAACAAAGAUAUACAAUUGUCCCAUUCAAGUCGCUGGAGAGGAAGAUUCCUCUCUAGUUCUGGUUGCACCUGCAAAGUUGGGUCUCAAAGUUGGAGAUGUGCUAUUGAGUGGGCAGGCUGGAGGUCUGAUGCACAAAGUUAGCGAUACAACAGAAAAAGGAAAUUUCACGUUCAUUCUUGGCAGACCAGCAGCAAUAAAGGAAGCGAUUAGCUACGCAGAUUUUACUCAAGAAGGAAAAGCAGCUCAGUUUAUAGACGAAACAACUUUGGAUAUAGAACCUAAUUCUGAGUACGUCAAUGGCGUGAUAGAUGGAUCAAUAAAACUGAAAGAAACUAAAAUUCAUGUGCUAUCCAAAGAAACUUCAUUCUUCAAAUGCCUAGCUGGAUACAUUUACGAAAUUGGCGAAAAUGUUUUAACAACGUAUUAUAUCGUGAUGGAAAAAAGUAAAGUGGAAGAUGUAAGUCAAGGGGAUGUGUUUGUAUCUGUAAAAAAUUCCGGAUUUAUCGAGCGUGUUGUGCAAAAAACCAUCAACCAAAACAUAUCAUUUUUGGAAACGAAAAUUGAGAGAUGUACGCAGGAAUUUGACUUGACAAAUAGGUUUAUCAAAGCAAGACCCUCGAGUAAAGAAGACGUAUACUGUUUCGGAGGUGAUAACAAUAACGGCAUUGUUAUUAGCGAGCUGUCGGACGGUUCUGAAAACAAAGAAAUUGAAGUUGGCGAUCUUAUUAUGGGAAGAGAAGGUUAUCGGCUCGAGAAUCAGUGGUGA